AAAAAAAAGAGAGAAAAAAGAAAAACACCUUCUGCCAGAUUGUUUUCCCUGUUCUGUUAUGGAAAUAGGAUUUUCCAUCUCACUUCAUCUUCAGUACUUAAAUACCUCUUUGCUGAGAAUAGGCCCGUCUAGCUUGUUAACACAUUUCCUCCCAUAUAAGUGCUCUGUUGUUCUGCAAAGCCUAGCUGAAUUUUAGCAUCUGCGCCUCAACAAAGAAAUUACAUUUUCUACAAAUUGUGUGAAAUGGGAACUGUCCUAUCAGGCGUACGUUUAUUACGUUUAUAAAUCACAGUUAGUGAAUGUUGUCUCGACAGCAGACGGCUGGAUCUCCUGUUUGUGUUAUUCCCGCGAGUCAUGUCUUAUUGUCGUCAUUCCCGUUUCUACUCUACACACGCCGCAGUGUGAGCUGGAUUGUGAUUCAUGGUAAAUAUUAUCCAUCCCAAAAGCACACUGUGUAAUUGUAGCCUUCACCGUGCCCUUUUAUUCAGAUUGCACUCUUCAAAUUGUAUUUUAAAGUGCUUUUCCACUAAAAUGAAAAGGACAAGAAGUGUGAGAAUGUUGUCCGAAAGAAAAUAAAUAAGAAACAAACUUCUGUCAUCAGUGGUUCAGGCCAUAAAAAAACGUUAAAAUACAAGACAUCAAGUACACUUUAAUUACUCUUCAUGACCAUCAGACAAGCACCAUUCACCAGCCUCUAAAUUGAGAAGGUUCACACAGGCAUGUCAGUGGUGUCAUCAAGCAGAUGCAUCUCUUCACUAAUAUUUUGUUCAGUUUGGCUCACAGCCACCCAACAGCUAACUAAAGCUAAACAUUCACCUCAGUGUCCGGCAACCAGACACAACUUUGUUCAGUGAGUCUGUGUGUACCACAUGCGUUUGUUUAUGUCUAGAGUUAGAAAUAACAGAAGUCCACCUGAGGUCCUCCUUACAAGCACGGUCACCAACAAAGCUAUUAAUUGAGCUACAGGACAUGGAAAUGACAGGAAAACUCAUGAAAAUGAAAAUAUUAUCAUGAGCUAGAACAAAAGAAGCAAUUUAGCAAUGACCGGCUUUAAUGAGGGACUGAUAACACACUUACCGAUCUGUGCAAGACAACAAGACAACGGCCAUUGACUCACAGUGUGAAAUUAAUUUAAAACCUAAAAAAAUCAAUUAAGAUCAUUUUAGAGCAAAAAGGGAGCGGACAUGGGACACAUCACUGCAGUGCUAUAAACCUAAUCUCACAUAAUUAAUAACUAGGCCCCCAUAAAACACGCUCAUUUGGGUUUUUCUCUGAAGAAUGUGGAAUCUCUUAAAAUUUACACCGACGCCAUUCUUUAUCAGGCCUUGUUCUGUGAAAGCCCAGAUUCCUUUUUUUACGAGAGCUUACAGUAUUCUAUUCAUAGAGCCCUUUAGAAAUAGCAAGCAUUCAUAAUGGAGCCGGGAUCUGAUUAACCUCCUCGCUUGCCGGCACAAUGGCAGGCUACCCUGAGACUCAGCCCCGUAAUGGAGACCGCUAUCACCAAGCGCGCUCUAAACAUCCUUCGCACCGCAGGACUCGACCACCAGAUUGGAAUCCCUCAGCUCCCCUCUGCACUCGGCACACAGCGGGGAAACAAAACAUCCCCUAAGCCGAUGCCCCUCAACAUUAAUCUAUCUCUCUGCUCGGCUCGUGCACUUGUGCGAAUGCACACACACACAUUUUACACCGUGGGCAAUCUUUUUAGUGCCUUGGUGGCAGUUUUGCAUUCCUAAUUGUAAACUCUUACGAGUCCGGGCUGGAGAAUAAGGGGUUGUUGUCUGCACUUGAACGAUUCCGUUCUAAGAGGCUGUAUGUACCUUUAUUAUACGAUAUACGUGUUGUGUGUGUCUACUCACUGUACAAGUGAAGGCAGGUAAUUGUAACAGGUUAUUUACAAUAUUAAGCUUUUAUAAUUUCGAUUUACUGCAGAAAAAGUAAUAUUUUGUUUUGCUAAUGUAUCAUUCCUAUAUUAACCUGGUACUUCUCAUUAAGAACACAACGACAACUAAUGCCCAAUUUUCUCCACUGGGUAGACGUGUGACAUCUACAUUAAUACAAUAUGACAGAGGACCAAUAAUUGGAAAUACUCCAUGCACGCUUUGUAUGGCCUCUCAUAUGAGACGAGCCAGGGGUUCAAGUGUUCCAAAUGUUUAUCUCUCACCUCAAUAUUGCCAUCUCCUGGCCUAACGGGAUCAAGCAGGACGCUCACGCGGGCCUUUCUGGAGAAAAUAUUUAGCUGGUGCCAAACAUGUCAGAGGGAGUGAUUACAGCCCUCAGUGGCCAGUUGGCCCACCGGUCUGCCCCCAGUGGCCAGCCCUGUGGGUGCUGUCAGGACCAGGCAGACUGGAGCCUGGUAAGGAGCCAGUCUCACGUUUAACAGCCAGCUCCUGCCCAGCGCAAGUGUCAUCCGCACAUGCCGAUGGGAAACAGUCCUCACCCAUCAGAUAAUGGCUGAGAGGAAAUUGCUUCAAGAAGGCGACAUUCUAAUGUGGCAAUAUGGAGAUGUGAAAUAUACUCAAGGAAGGAAGAUGAGGAGAGGGACGUCGUCCUGGAAAAGGCAAUAAUUAGCAUUAACAUACACACACACAGACGCACGCGGGGUGCCACAUUUAUAUUACUCGUGCGCACACGCACACAAGCUAGGAGGCUAUUCUUAAUCUCCCCGCUGCGAAUAAUAGAACCGUCCAAGAGAGAAGCCAAUUUAUUCCCAGCUUGAACUACCGAGUAAUUUCUUAUUUACCUCACCUGAUAUAGUAACAGCCGACUUGCGACAGGAAUCUGGAUUGCAAGCAUGUACAUCCUCCCCGAACGACACACUGAAACAAGGAGAUUUUCAGCGCCGUAGUAUCUGCAGUGACCAGUUCAGUGGUGACGUGGAACAUGAAAAUCAGAGUGAAAGUUGAAUAGGGAGAUGUCAAGUCAAAUAUGUGCCCUUAGUGAUCACACACAGAAUAUCACCGGAGGUUAAUGUGCAGCCCUGCUGAUCUUCAGGGGCCCUCUUCCACGUAGCUCGAGGCGGUGAAAUUCAAUAUGAGGCAUGAAAUGUGAAGUCGUCUCCAUAAUUGGAUUGAAACCCACGGUGUGUCCUUUACCAACAGAAAGUACAAAGCACUUACCGAGGCCGCACUUCACACUAAGAGGAGGGCAGCUGGUUUCUGGUGGAAUCCAAAUGCUUGGUGCAAUAUUUCUGUGGUCACAAGUCUUUCCACUGUGAGGACAAAAGACUCCGUCAAUAAGGCGAACCGAACAGGAAUAUCUAUUCUAUUAGCAAGAGAGUUAAUGAUCUGGGUCUGAAACGUGUGCAUGCUUUCGGUUUUCUGUGUUUCACCGGGCUAAGUUCCAACCUGUAGAUGGCACUGUCUUCCCUGGUUUUAAUCCAAACCUGGUUGACUCCCGAUUUUAAAAUGAAUGCCCUCAAGUCCUAAAACCUUUUUUGCUCUGUUUGUCAUAAUAACCUUAAAACAGGUAUUUUUGUUAACGGACUUGAUACUGGUUGUGGUGUUUUUUUCCCUUAGUGAUUAAGUUCAAAUGAUGAAUAAUGUGCUUUUUCUGCAGUAGCCGUACCUGAUGGUACAUGUGGUCAAAGCUUAUUCAAAAACACUUAUGCAUAAUGAAGUACAGCUAGCAACUGUUGUUGCGAGUGUUCUCAGGCAGCGAGCAUUAGUUACACAGUGGGGAAUGGUUGGAGUUGAGUGGGGGUAGAAGAACCUCAGCCAAACAUGAUUUGUCUCUGAAUACUAAUGCCUCUUUUGAUCUGCCUCGGCUUUUAGGAGAUUUAAACAACAAAAUCUGUCUUUCCAGAUUUCUUAAUAGACUCAGUCUUUUGUGGCCAACACUAAAAAAAUCCUAGAAACGUGUUUACACGGAGUACAUAUUAAUGUUCUGAAUUUGUUUGAAACAUGUCGAGUCCACAGAGAUUGUGAUACAGGAAAACCUUGUAUUAUUCAUGCUUGGCCCUAAUAGACUAAUUAUUUUACCAUAAAAUAGUAAGGCAGGUUCAUGAUUUUCUUAUGUUAUGCAUUUAUUUCCAUAAUUGAUCUUUGUUUUACAAAUGUAUCUUUUUAGUUACUCCUCAUUUGUCGUAAAUUUAGUAGCUGUGCAAGAUACAUCUCAUCCCUCCUGAAAUGAUCUGAAGGCAUUCAUUACAGAGCUGAGGUGCAAACAAGGAGACUAAAAGAAAGGCAAAAACAAUUAAACCUAAUAGCGCCAAGGCUACGAGUACCGAUGUCAGUUACAUGGUCCUCAGAGCUUUUUAUGGGCAUAGUGUGACAGAAUGUGAAGUGCGAUUAGGGACAGUAUGUUAAACAUUUGGCCCGUUGUAAUCAGUCGGAGAGCUGUGAGGAUGAGCUGUGGUUGGGGGGAGGAAAGGAGCGGGGAGGGUUAUCUGUGCCUGUAGCGCCGCAGGAGGUGCCAAGAGCAAUGGAGACCACUAGCCGGUCUGAGCAUUUGGCACCUUCACAGCUGCUGCUCACAUUCUUCCACCCUCUCGUCUCACCAAAAGCCAAUACCAAGACCGGGAUAAUCUUGUUUUAUCUGUCUUUCAGACAGCACAAAUGGCUGAGAUUAAACCCUCCACGUGACCCUCACGCCCAGAGCAGUGACAUGUAUACCCCCAGUUUAUUGGAGCACCUAAGGUUAAAGUGAGAUGAGGAAAUUGAUAAGGGGCCUGGAAAUGGCUGGAUGAGUUUCCAGACCUAACGAAUCCUAAUCUAAUAAACACUCUGCAAUGAGGAUAAUUCUAUCGGUUGCAUUGUUAUUUAAAAAAAGCCCAUUUAGGUACUUGGCUUAUGUAUGAGAUGUCUAAUGGCCUGUUAAAGAAUGUUUACAGAUGUUAACCCCUCAUUCUACAAACUAAGGUACGCGCAGACCCCAGAGGCAGCAUUUUUGUUAUAUCUCAAAGGAAAUAUAAGCUACUUUGUCUUUUUAUUCCUAAUUACUUUUCUGUCACUAUGAAUUUCUGCUUUUUUAAAUCAGCCUGUAUAAUGGAGGUCCUGGGGGAUCCCAUGUCAAAAGGACAAUUGCAGCCUAUUGAGUUUUUGUCGAGGGAAUAUAAUAGAAUGGAUAGCAAGGUUUGCUGUUGGUCCUGAUGAAGAACUAUUAGGUGGAAAGAAGCACAAGCUCUGAUUUUGUAUUGUGUUCUUCCUAUUUUGGUUUUACACAAGGUGAAAAUUAACUGUGACUUACCACUCAGUUUUUUUUACAGUUUCAGAUUACAUUGGUUGUAACUGUGAUGAUGAGACAAAGAGAAAAAUGAGUUCCUAAAUGUCUAGAUUAUUUGAAUUGCGAGACAUGCAGCAUCUACAACUGCCAUUUAGUUGCUCUCAGAUGUAUCUACAGCAUUUUGUUUUGUUAAGAUAAGAUACGAUAUUCCUUUAGUAGUCCCACAAUGGGGAAAUUCACAAGAUCGCGGCAGCAAAGUGGACAAUGAGAUACAACAACAAGACAAGAGCAGCUGUAAGUAAGGAGAAAUAUAGUAAUAAUAGACACAAAAAAUAAAUAUGUAGGACAUGUGAUUUGAUUCAUUUUGAUUAAAUUGAUUAAUAUUAUUCAUCCUCAAAAAACAUUUCUAGAAAGUAUUUUCAAAAAGCUUUUUCAUCUUAAAUACAGGGAACCGUGAAACAAGUGAGAUGAAAGAAGCAGGCUUACAAUUUACCAGCAGUGGGUGACGUGGGCGAUUGUAAAAAGUGGCCUCUUGAGACAUUUGUUCCCAGUGGCAUAUGCCAGGAUUACUUCUCCCGGUCUCACCAGAUGCUUUUACUGCCUUCUUAUCUGGUGGCAUUCAAAGGGGAGAAUCUUCAAAUGGCCUUAAAGUGAAGCUGAAGGAAUGGGGCACAUUUGACUGAUUUACUGCCGUUAUUGUUUUUCGACAGCUAAGGCAAAUUUGACAAUUGUUUUAACGUUAAUCAAAAUCACCUCAGUCGGAGAACAGAUGGCCAAACCCAAUAAUCUGCUGUAAGGCUCUUACUGUCACCACACGCGUCUUAAUUACCUGACUUAAGUUCCAAACAAGUAUCACUCCUGUGCUAAACAUUCUUUGUUUGAGGUUAAGACUCUGGUGACCUUAUAGUAAUGUCUUGUAUAGGCAGUUGGCUCAAACCCAACGUAGGAUACAUGAGGAAAAUCAAAAAUGCACACCAUAACCCAUGUAGCUGCUCUUUUAAGCAUUAUGUCUUUUCUUUCAUUUAAGACCAAAAUGUUUUUAUCUGCGGCUGCUCAGUUGUUUCCUUGAACUCGUUGCACCACCAAGUGUUAAGUGCACAAUGAGAUUAAAGCAUAAUCCUCUUAGUGGCAAACAACUAAUUUGGCUAAUAAUUCUGCUUUGUUUUCUGACUCCUCAGAGCCACAAAAUCCUGGAUUUCAACACCCAGCCAGCAUGGGACUGUUGUGGUGAAGGCUUUGUGUGUCUAGCGAUGGUAGAAAAGUAUCUUAAAUUUGACCCCCCCUCGCUGAAUGUUUGUGUGUUUGGGAUGAUCUUGUUUUAAAUAAAAUAGAGCUAGAGAGCGGAAAAAAAAAACCCACGAAGGAGUUCAUUUUGUUUACACUUAAUAUCGGAAUAUUUCUCUUUCAAUGUUGAGAACCACAUGUAAGGAUACAAUGCUGUUGCACCUCUGAGAUUAAGGAUAUUUAAUUGUACUAGCCUGCUUAGCGUAUAAACCAGAAUAACUUAAUUUAUUGAUUUGUGGGAUAAUUCAUAGUACUCAGCAUUGGUGGGAAAAACAAAGUUUUUUUUCAAACAGAAAAACACAGCAGCAUACAUCAUAAGUCGGCUUACUGCACAGCAAAGUGUUAAAUCUCUGUCAUUCUCUCUACAUUUAGAACGCUAAAUGCCCCGUUGCGCUUUUUUAUAUGACGUCUAUGCCUGUCAUAGAUUUGACUUAGCGAACACCAUGUGCCAGCGUAAUUGUACUUGCUACCAGAACACCUCUGGCCAAACAUCAAGGGUUGACUUGGUUCUCAGAUUUGUGGUUUGGGACAUGAAAUUUGAGUGUGACAUGUUCAAAGCCUCCACUUUUGCGUAGACGGCUGCUCAGAUUUGCGGUAAGUAGGUUCUCUGUGGCUGUCUGAGAAGCUGGCGAGAGGCUGUCGAUCUGAAGAAGCUGAAGAAGCAGGUGUGGUUGAGCUACGGGUUUUCUGAAUGAAAGAGAAAAUAAACAACACAAAUUAACAAAAAAUAGAAAAAGGGGAGACGAGUAAGUCAAAUGAAUUUAAUUAGGGGCUUCCUGAAGGGGAACCCCUGUCCCAGGAGGCUCAAAGGACUUUGCGUUGGAUGGAGCCUGCAGAUUGAGAGGAGAAUUGGUUCAGUGCCAGCAGUAAUGCAAGCGCUGAGGUGUAGAGGGAGCUGAACCGAAAGGCGAAACUAUUGAUUUACCAGUCAAUUCCAACCCUCAUCUGGGUGGUUAUGGUUAUGAGCUUUCGGUGGUGACAGAAAGAAAGAGAGCGGCCGCAAGUGAGUUUCCUCUGUAGUUUGGCGGGACUGACUCUUAGAUACCGGGUGAGCAGCCCAGACAUCGUUGCAGCUUGGAGAGCGGUUCCAGCAUGUGAUCUGACAGAUGGCCUUUGGAGGUUCUCCAGGUAUGUCCAAUCUGGAGAAGACUUCGGGGUGGACCCAGAACCCCCCUGAGACAUCUUAUCUCUCGUCUGCUUCGGAAACGGCCUGCGAUCCUCGUGGAGAAGCUGAAAAGGUUUGCUGAGGAGAAAUAUGGACCAACUCCCUUUGCCUGCUGUCGCUGCUACCCGGCACUGGAUGGGCAUCAGAAAAUGGAUGGACGGGUGGACAUUUAGUAUAAAAGCCCAAAUUGGGAUGAAAUUGUGGCAGGAAAGAGCUACCACGACACCUCUGGCUGACACUGCACCACCAGUUCUCUCUGGUCCCUGAGGAUGUCGUGUGCUUUUUCACACCUCCCUGUGCCCUCUUGGGGGCUCAGACAGCUUUAACCCAAACUUUUGUGAGGUGUCGAGAGUCCUUUGAAGGCCCACAGACGCCUUUUAAUCAGCAAAAGCUAAUUACCCAUAUGGUUGACAAAGGUCUGGUUGACUCAUGCUCUUUUGUUAUCACUAUGGGAGCUGUUGCUGGGGAGUGUGUCUGCAGGAGUGUGUUUGAGGUGGGAGGGGAAUCAUUUACUGCAGUUCAUUCUGCAGACUUCUUUGUUCUUCUCAUUUCCACGGCUCUUGUCUUAUAACUUGUUUUGAAAGGGGUACAAUAAGAAGUGCGUUUGAGUGUUUAUUACAAUAGAUGGUCUUGAUGACACAUUGUUUUCCUCUAACUUCGAGCUACACUGAUGUUCUAUGUGUCAUUAACAGGGUGUCCAAAACCGCUCACUAAUCAUUUGACAUUGUUUUCUGAGUUUGUUAGUUUCCUUUAAUUCAUAAUACUUAAAUUCCUCCUCUGCUUCGAAUGAGACAUGUGUUAUUGGGUGCACAACAAAAAGAGAAAACUCUCCUUUUCCUUUAUUAUGUAAAUCAUCUAAGAGCAAUAUUUACAUGAAGAGAUAUUUUGAGCAUAGAAUAAAGAAAUACAUGGGUCUAUUGUUUGGGUUUUGUUGCAAUUAAAUAAGGCUUUUGAUGAGACUCAGUGAUACAAAUACUUAAGAAUAGCAAUGAAUGCUUUUAUCCAGUGGGGAGUGUAACUAAGCACACACUUAUUAAAGAAAUACAUCCUCAGAAAUAUAUUCUUGGUUAUUUGCUUGAGUAUUAUGGCCUUUUUAUGCCACAGCCCUUGACAGCAAUACUUAUAAGUAGUUGACUGCAAGUUAAUUAAUACAGUAAAUUCUGGGUUUUUACUUGGAAGUGAAUAUUGCUUGCAUUCCUUCAAUGUGUAAGUACAUUUAAGGUACCACAUGACAUGUGGAUAUUGCGCCCUUAUAUAUUUUUUGUCCUAUUCCACCACAGCCUCUAUAUAAUGUUCUCUAUCUAUUAGUCACAACAGAUCAAUCCUUUCAGGCAUCCGCUGAUGACAGCGUAGUCCUAUUAAAGUCCCCUAAUUGAUUAAAUCAGUUAAGGAAUUGCCAUGUGCAGAUUUAUUUAAGUCACACUGAUUUAUCAGACGGAUUAAAGCCACCCAAUGAGUUCAUCUAGUAAACCAUUUGCUUUCCACAAAAGUGAUCACCAGUUUGCUGGAGCCAAACGUGCCCCUGUUGGCGCACGGCCCGCUGAAAGGCCAUUGGUCGACGGGGCAGGACAUUUGCAUAUACCGGGGCUUAAAGUCCCACAGCAAAGUCAGAGUUAAACACAGUUGUGAUUCGACCCAACGUUGCCCAGACGGUGCCCAGAUUGUUGGCAUCAUUUAUGAUUGAUUUAUUUCUUUUUUUGUAACCCUUAAACAUGGGAUUUUGCAAGACGGCAGGGAUCGGCCUGUGCGCGGUGCUCUCUUUAUUUGUCUACUCUGCUCAGGGUACAACUACCAGGUAUUUCACCUAUGAAGAGGACGCACCCGGAACGGAGAUAGGCAAUCUAUCCCGAGAUUUAAAGAUCGAUCCAGCUGAUGACCCCGAGACGUCGUUCCGCUUCAUGCAAGAAAACAACUCCUCCGUCAUUGACAUGAGGGAGAUUGACGGACUUCUGAGUGUGGCGGAAACAAUCGACAGGGAGCAGCUGUGCCCCAGGUCCCCGCGCUGCUUCGUCGCCUUCGACGUCGUGGCCUUCUCCAAAGAAAAGUUCCAACUCAUCCACGUGGAAGUGGAGGUGAAGGACAUCAACGACCACUCGCCUCGUUUCCUGCGCAACGAGACCAAUCUGGAGAUCGUGGAGAACGUCCCGCUGCACUCCAGGUUCCCGCUGCAGAUCGCGCUCGACCAGGACGUGGGGGAGAACUACAUCCAGAGCUACAACAUCUCCGCCUCCAGCCACUUCGCCGUCGAGGUGCGCCAUCGCGACGACGGGGUGAAGUUUGCAGAGCUGGUGCUGGUGAGGGAGCUCGACAGGGAGGUGGAGGACCGCUUCACGAUCGAAGUCACGGCCGCCGACGGAGGAGCGCCGGCCAAGUCCGGCUCAAUGGUGGUACACGUCAGCGUGCUGGACUUCAACGACAACAGCCCGACCUUUGAGCACAGCUCCCUGAAAGUGGAGCUCAACGAAGACGCCCCGGUCGGGCACAGAGUUCUGAAAGUGCACGCUUUUGACCCCGACGACGGGGUCAACGGCGAAGUGACGUACGCGUUCGCCGACGGGCUCCCGGCGGAAGUUGGCCGCCUCUUCCACGUUGACCCUUACUCCGGGGACGUGACCCUGAAGGCGCUGGUUGACUUUGAGAAAAGGAGGUCCUACGAGCUGAACGUCGUAGCCUCGGAUUUAGGCGCAAACUCCGUGCCGUCCAGCUGCAGGAUCGUGGUGGACGUCGUGGAUGUGAACGACAACGCGCCCGAAAUCAGCAUCAAGCCGAUGACUUCCAGCAGCGAUGGAGUGGCCUACAUCACAGAAGCCGCGGCCGCAGAGAGCUUCGUGGCUCUGAUCAGCACCUCGGACAGAGACUCUGGCUCCAACGGGUACGUGCGCAUCAGCCUGCUCGGGCACGAGCAUUUCACCCUGCAGCAGGCGUACGGGGACUCCUUCAUGAUUAUUACCAGCACUACUUUAGACAGAGAGAAAAUCCCAGAGUACAAUUUGACUGUGAUUGCGGAGGACGUGGGAAGCCCGCCGUUCAAAACAGUCAGGCAGUACACCAUCCGCGUGACGGACGAGAACGACAACCCGCCGCUCUUCAGCAAGUCCCUUUUUGAAGUUUCGGUCCUCGAAAAUAACAUCCCGGGUUCGUAUGUGACCACUGUGGUUGCUCGCGAUCUCGACGUGGGAAAGAAUGCCAAAGUGUCCUACAAACUCAUAGAUUCGGAGGUGCCAGGUGGAUCCCCCGUGUCCACUUAUGUUUCUGUAGAUUCAGUCUCUGGCUCGUUGUACACUUUGAGGUCUUUUGAUCAUGAGACUCUUCAGCAGAUCGAGCUAGUCAUCCAAGCCGAAGACAGAGGCUCCCCCUCUCUCUCAAGCACGACAACCAUCAGAAUGAAAGUUGUGGAUCUGAAUGACAAUUACCCAUACUUCACCUUCCCCGUCCUUGUGAACGACUCUGCGGAUAUCCCUCUGCCUUUUAAUGCACCCGCCGGCUAUCUUGCGCUUCGCGUCUCGGCUGAAGACGAGGACGAGGGAGUGAAUGGCGAGCUGUGCUACGAAAUUGUUCAAGGUGACCCGCGGCUCUUCGCAAUGAACAAAGACACCGGAGAAAUUGCUUUGAAGCAAUGGCUGACAUCUGAAAUCGGCGACGUGCUGGAAAUGAGAAUCGCCGUGAGUGACAAUGGCAGAUCCCCGCUGGGUAGCAGUGCCACCAUUAGGUUUGUUGUCUCAGACACACAGCCCUCUGAAGACCAAGUCGUCGUUGUGCUGCGGUCAAGUGAUGAAGAGGGCUCCGGCCUGGACGGCUCAUUAAUUGUCAUUGUCAUGCUCAGCGGGGGAUGUGCAUUGCUGCUGAUCGCAAUAAUGGCCGUAGUUGUGACGUGCAAACUCGGCCGCAGAGCCAGAAGCCGUGGCUCCAAGAGGGAAGCGCGUCACAGCCUGUUCGACAGGAGGCCCGUUCCCAUGCUGGGCUCAGCAGAACCGAACAUAUACACCGGACAACGAGGCUUCUUCCACGAGAGAACCUCCUCGUCCCUGGAGGAUUCCUGCCUGUAUGAGGAGCGGAGUGGGGACUCAGAGAAAAAGAUGUUCCUACCCUCCAAGCCUUUCCAGGCAACAUCUGUGUGGCAAGGUGACAAAUACUGCUUGCAAGUGAGUGGUAUCGGCAUCAGCGACCAGCUGAGCGUAAAGGACAGCGGCAAAGGGGACAGUGACUUCAAUGACAGCGACUCUGACAUCAGUGGCGACGGCGGCAAAAAGAACUUCAGCACCUUCCAACCGAGGAUUAAGUGUUCAUCCAGCACUGCCAACAGCUUGUCCGGGGAUCGCCAAAGCACGUACUGGUCAGCACCGCAGCCGAGCUUCAGAGGCCCCACAGACAAUGCAUACACCAUAGGAUUCGCCCCAGUACCCGUCUUCAACCACCCUCACGGCUACCCUCCCCUUUGGAAGGACUCUUGCUAUGGCACCAAUCUCCCAAAAUCGAGGAGCAGCAUGCAGACCUUCUCGAAGACCGGGACCCUCCCAUCCUACUUUCCCCAGCAGCAGCAGCGUGAGGGGUGUGGUGGGGGGGCUGGAAUCCACAACCACAGUCCAACUAUAGUUACAGUGGCGACGGCAUCAGAGGUGGCCACUAUCUUUUAAAAACUGUGUUGACAAGGCAAUGGAGAUGUAGAAGUACCUCGAGGAUGUAAAUAUUUGUCAAAUAUGGUUGUGGCAAUAAAGUCCACAAGUGUAAAUAUUUUCUUUUAUUCGAUGGGAAUUAUUAUUAUAUGUAUUAAGUUAAUUUCUGUUACAUUAUAUUUAAUUAUAUUGUAUUCUAUUAACCACACUAGUGUUUCUUUGCGCAAUAAAAGUAUGAUUGAAAUCAUAAAACAGUCAACAAUUUUCUGAUGAUUUCACUAAUAUAGUGACAUCAAACACUAAGUAUAUUUAACUGUGAAAUAUUGCAUUUUGAAGAUAAUUAGAUAAUUCCCUCGCUAGUUGAAACUCUGGUCUAAAUUUGUAAACAAGUAACAUUCUCCCUCCAGUUUGAAUCUACACGAUCAAAACUCCAGCCAGUGAUCAACAGAUGUAAAAUUUCAAGCUGUUGCAUUACCUGGGAGACUGCCUUUGAAGACUCCUAGGUUGCUGGUUGAGUUUCUUGCAUGCAAAUGAAAGAGUACAGCCGGUGCUCCAGUGGAAAAUAAACUAUAAAACCAUUUUUCUACAAAACGAUGCUGGCUGCUGUCACACCUGCUUCGACUCUUCCAAAUAAUCACCAUCCCUGUACACAACACGUGUAGCAUGUAAUGGGAUGCUGGAGAAAUGGCUGACAGUGUUUUUCAUGUUGAGGUGCAAAUGUUUAGCUAUUUUAUAUUUACUUAGCUGUAAAAUGGAACAACAUAUACAUUUGUAAAUUUCUUUUUUUGAACACGGACAUUAAUAAAGGCACUCGUUCACUUA